UGGUUAAGAAACUACUUUACCCUACAUCUCAAACUGAAAAAUAGAGAAACGCAGAACAAAAAUGAGCAAGCCACAUAUCCUAGCUUUUGCAUAUCCGGCACAAGGCCAUGUAUUGCCCUUGAUGGAGUUCUCACAGUCCUUGGCAAAACAUGGCUUCAGAGUCACAUUUGUGCACACAGAAUAUAAUCACAAGCGAGUCAUUAAUUCCAUGGUUAAUGAAAGUCACAUAGUGGAUGAUCAUAUUCAUCUGGUUUCAAUUCCAGAUGGGCUAGAACCCGGGGAGGACAAGAAUUCGAUACGUUUGUUAACUGAAGCAAUACAAGAAUUCAUGUCCCACAAGUUGGAGGAGCUCAUAGAGAAAAUCAAUAAAGAGGAAGGAGAAAAAAUCAGUUGCCUAAUUGCUGAUGAGAGUUGUGGAUGGGCACUGGAAGUUGCAAGAAAAAUGAAGAUUGCGAAAGUGGUUGCCUUUUGGCCUGCAGCAGCUGCAACUUUGGUGUUGAAAUUGUGUAUCCCAAAGUUAAUUCAUGAAGGAAUCAUAGACAAUGAUGGAACUGUAUUAAAAAACCAGAUGGUUCAGUUGGCAUCAAAUAUGCCCAUCAUUAAAUCUACAAACUUUGUGUGGGAUUGUAUGGGUGAUUCAACUGCUCAGAGAAUAAUCUUCAAAUUUAUGAAUAGAAGCAACAAGAAUCUGAAAUUGGUAGAUUGGCUUGUUUGCAACUCAAUAUACGAACUCGAGCCAGCAGCAUUCACUGUAGAGCCACGGAUAGUACCAAUAGGACCACUUUUAGCUAGCAGCCGCCUUGGCAACUCAGCAGGCAGCUUGUGGCCACAAGACUCAACUUGCUUACAGUGGUUGGAUGAACAACCACCCUGCUCAGUCAUCUAUGUUGCAUUUGGAAGCUUCACACUUUUUGAUCAAACCCAAUUCCAAGAACUGGCUUUGGCUCUUGAAUUGUCCAAUAGGCCAUUCCUCUGGGUUGUGAGGCCAGACAUCUCUGAAGGUACUCGCUACCCAGAAGGAUAUGAAGAAAGAGUAGGCUCUCAAGGGUUGAUGGUGGGAUGGGCCCCACAACAGAAUGUUCUUUCCCAUCCUUCGGUUGCUUGCUUCCUAAGUCACUGUGGGUGGAACUCUACAAUGGAAGGUGUAAGCAACGGGGUUCCUUUCUUGUGCUGGCCAUACUUUGCAGACCAGUUCAUUAACGAGACCUACAUAUGUGAUGUUUGGAAAGUGGGAGUGAGGUUUGAUAAGAACAAGAGUGGGAUCGUCACGAAAGGAGAAAUCAAGGACAAGGUGGAACAGCUUCUUGGAGAUGAAAAUUAUAAAGCAAGGGCUUCCAAACUCAAGGAAAUGGCCGUGACUAAUAUCAAAGAAGGUGGCCAAUCGAGCAUGAACUUUAAGAAUUUCUUUGAAUGGAUGCAGUCAUAGACGCAUAGGCGAAUUGUCUAUAGAAUGAAUGGAAAUUAAUAUGCAAUCAUGGAGAAUCUUAGUUUGCUAAGUAAAUAUAUGUGAUCUAUGAAACACUGCUAUCACAUCAAAUCCUAAAAUACUUAUUCACAUAAAAUAUUCCAAAAAAAUUAAAGGCAAGGCUAGCUGUUAAAUCAAAUCUAAAUUUCAUAAGCAUCUGCAGCUCUUCAGAAGAUGUGAUCUGAAUCAAGGAAAUCAGGAAACUUACAGAAGGAAAAUAUUAAUGGGACUUCACAGCUAAUGGUAAAAACUGGACUAAAAUCAUUAACAAACAGAUCUUUAUCACAAUUGCAAUUAAUAGAUGAAGAACAAUAGGCAUUUUAGUU